AUGGAUGUUGAAGUUGAAGUGAAGCCGGACGAAGAAAAUGAAAAUGAAAUUAAAGAAAAGAUGAUCGAUGAUUUAAUGGAAACAGAAGAAGCGGAAGGUGAAGCUCCAGAUGAUGUUGUUCAAGAAAUUGAUGUGUAUUUUGCUCCUUCUGUUGAUCCUAAUACUAGGUUGUAUGUGUUGCAAUAUCCAUUGAGGCCAGUGUGGCGGCCAUAUGAGUUGGAGGACAGAUGCGAAGAGGUAAGGGUGAAACCAGCAAGUUCAGAGUUUGAAGUUGAUUUGGCAGUUAAUUUCGACUCCGAUAACUAUGAUUGUGAUGCUGAUCCUAAAGUUCAGAUAAUGAAGCAGACUCUUGCUUCAUCAUGGAAACCACCUCGCACAAGUGGGUAUGCUGUUGGGGUUCUAAGAGCAAAUAAGGCACUUGUGCAGCUCCGACCAUCAAUGCAACAUCUCAAGUCCAGGGAUUCUAAAAAUAAGAAGACUGGAACUGGUAGUGUUGAAGGUGCUGUUAAGGUUGAAGAGUCCGUGGAAGAAAAACCUUUGGAGGCAUCAAAGAAGCAGACCAAGCCAUCAGGCCAGAACAAGGAUAGUGGAGAGGAUUGGGUUCCUCUCAAGUACCAUAACGCAAGGAGUGACAUUGCAGAUAGAUAUCUACAAAAGAUGGCAGCACAAGAAGUCUCGCCUAUUAAUUUUUCUAUGAGCUCGCGUGAUUGUCUGAAUAGAUUGUGUCCGGGCACCUCUAAUGGCAAUUUCAGAUCUAGAGUUCCUACAAGAAGGUUUUUGAUGACUUUGCCACUAAAAGAACGGUGCAAAACUUGGCUUCUUGAGGGUUCUCCCAUUAAUCGAUUUGACGCUCUAAAGCACCUAGCUCCAGAUGAGUCUAUUGAAGAAGUUUUGGACUAUGUUCUUCUUUUGUUUAGCAAGAAUCCACUAAUUAACAACUCACAAAUACCUCAACGUCCUCAACUUGCUAAAGCAAUGAAAGAUGUCCUCAAUGUAUUGGCUGUUGAGAGAACCUCCUUUAGUGAUUGGAAAUUCAGAGAGCUUCCUGAUCGGAGAUUCAUAAAACUCAAUCCUAUGGUUGCAAAGCAACAAGAGGAAGAAUGGGAAUCCUUGGAAAAGAAGAUAAAUGAUCUUCUUUUUGGAGGAAGAAAUGGACCUGCUACGAAGACUUCUUCAAAGUCUAAUAUCAUAAACAAUCCGGCCACGUCAAUGAUUUCCAGUAAAGCAGCUCCGAAAACUCCAAAUGGGGCAUCCUCAAGGACGCCAACGCCAGACGAGACCCGANCAAUGAUUUCCAGUAAAGUAGCUCUGAAAACUCCAAAUGGGGCAUCCUCAAGGACGCCAAUGCCAGAAGAGACUCGAGAAGCUUUAAUGAAGGCCCUUCAGAAACUUUUCAAAAGCAUCAAGGUUUUCAGUUUUCAACAAAUUUGCCAGCGUUUGAGAGACUUGGUAGUUUCUGAGUCUGCCCGUUCGAGGGGAUUUGCCAAAGAGGCAGUUGCUGCAGCAAACAUCAUUGGUGCUUUUCUUGAUGAGCUUCAGGCCAUCAUUAGUCAAUUUGCAUUUAAUAUUCACGGUGUCUAUGUUCCGAAAUCAUCACCAGAUCAUCCACAAUAUGAUCCAUUCAGGAAGGUUGUCAUUGAUCUUCUUAUUGCUGAAGGACCAAAUGCAAAGCUCAAAAAGGCUCCCAUAGUCGAGGCUGCUAAAAUGGAACUUCAAAGGGAUAUACCUCAGAUUGAAUAUCAGAAGGUCGGAGUCAAGCUUACGAAUUAA